CCCUAGAAUUUUGCAGCUCAGUCUGCUCUUGGAGGCCACAGAGGCAAUGUCUACUCCCAUGGGAGGCUCUGCCCUGCUGUGGAUAACUUUACUUCUCUUCUCUCCAGAUGGUAUGUCAGCAGCCACCUGGAAAUCUAUGGUGUCCUUGAAUCCCCCAUGGAAUAGAAUAUUUAGAGGAGAGAAUGUGACUCUUACAUGUAAUGGGAACAAUUCUUUUGAAGUCAACUCCACUAAGUGGACCCACAACAACACCAUGUUAGUAGUGACUACUUCAAGUUUGGAAAUCAUAAAUGCCACAAUCCAGGACAGUGGGGAAUACCGAUGUCAGAACAAAAAUUUUAUCCCAAGUCAACCUGUGUAUCUAGAAGUCUUCAGUGACUGGCUGCUCAUUCAGUCUUCUACUGACGUGGUGUUGGAGGGUGAGUCCUUCCUCAUCAGAUGCCAUGGUUGGAUGAAUCGAAAUGUCUACAAAGUGAUCUACUACAAGAAUGGCAAAGCACUCAAGUACUGGUAUGAAAACCACAACAUCUCCAUUACCAAUGCCACAAUAGGAGACAGUGGCACCUAUUACUGCGGGGGCAUACUUUGGCAGAUAAACUAUACCUCUGAUCCCAUCAAGAUUACUGUGAAAAAAGGUUCUACCAUACCUCACCAAAGCAGCUACUACUGGUUGCAAUUUCUUAUCCCAUUGUUGAUGGUGAUUCUGUUUGCUGUGGACACAGGGUUGUUUAUCUCAACCCAGCAGCAGUUCACAGUUCUCUUGAAGAUUCAGAGGACCAGAAAAAGCAACAAACUUAUGGGCCCACAUCCUAUGCCAGACCCAAAAAAUGACUGAUGUCAUUGCUCAAGAAACACUUGCAAUAGCAAUUUAUUUUUAGCAUCAGCAAUUGCUUCUCAAUUAUCAAACACAACUCACAAUGUACAUAGAAAGAUCUGUGCUCAAGGCUUUACAGAACUGCCUCAUUAAGCCAACUGAAACUGGUUAAGUAGCAUGUAAUAGUAAGUGUUCAGUAAACAUCAUUUAAGUAAGUAAAAUAAUGUAUAGAUUCAUUUGUUAGCAUCUGUAAAAGAGAACUACAAUUUAAAUAAAAGAAUUAUAAAGCCACGUAACAUGAAGCUUCUAAGCACUUGAGGCUUAGUAUUUUCUUUUUCUGCUUCUAGAGGUAAAAAAACAUGAAGUUCUAGAUUAGAAAUGUUCUCUCUUGACCAUUGUGUGAGCUAGGAAUGAGAAGACAUGGUGGAGUGCUGGUGAAGUUGAUCAUUUUUAUGCUCUUUCUUCAACUUACUAUCCAGGAGCUUCUAGUUCUUGGCAGAAUCUAGAGCAGUCUUGAGUCAUAAGACUCUGGGGAUGAGAUUCAGUCUAAAAUUCCCUUGUGAUUGUUUCAUUCCUCUACAACCUCCCAAAAUUAUAUCUUGAAUACCUUC